AUGUGGAUGGAGCUGAAGUCUGUCGACAUCAACAUCUUCUGGUGUGAGGAAAUCAGUAGGCACAGAUGGUGCAAGAUUCUUGAAAAAAAUGUCUUCGAGCUCAAGAUUGGUGCUUCAUUCAUGUUCAAUAAAUUGUGUAGUGUCAGUUGCUUCCUGCCUAAGAUCACAACUGUGCUGUUGGCAUCAUCCCUGAUCAAGGAGCCUGAGCUUGCCAGCCUGAUAAAGAUCCACAAUAUUUUCAUUGGAGAGGUCACACCUCAGGUUCACCAGCAAUGGUUCAGUUGGGAUAAGGUUGAACUUCCUAGAGAAAUGGUGAAAAGCACUCUAGAUAUACAUAAUCUCACUUUUGACAAUCCAAACUUCAUGUCCACUCCAAUAUCACAACAGUGCAAUCUCAGGACAUCAUCACAAAGCGAUAUUUCUGGAGGAGCUAUUCUGGAUAGUGCCAUGAUAAUGAGGUGUUCGAUGCUGCGCAUUACUGAGAAGGAGAGUCUGGAUAUUUGUCCUCCUCUUUUAUCGACAUCACACAUCACUAAGAAGACCAAGAGUCUGGAUAUUUCCCCUCCUCUUCCAAUGGCACCUCCAUUCAUCAUGGCAACUCAGCCUGACCAUUGCCAAUAA